CUCCAGAACCGGGGCGCUCUCCCUCCUCCUAUGCCUUUCGAGGACUCGAGGGGGCCGGGGGGCCGGGAGCUGCGCACUCCGCGUCCUCCGCGCGCGGCCUGAGGCUCUGGGCCGCCCUCCGAGGGCUCCUGGACUGCGGUUCCCAGGGGACCCCGGGUGGCCGGCGGGGACUCCGCGCCAGCAAAGCCUGGGCGAGUUUCUGUGAGGUAGGCCGGGGCUCGGAGCCCUGAUUAAGACGGACCCUUUUCUCGGCAUAGUAUUGGACCGUGUAAAUUUCUCCCUGCCCUGGGAAACUGAGUCAGGAGGCGUGGGGAACGACUAAGGAGCUCUUCCCCUGCACCCACGGUGAAUGGGGGUGUGGACUCCUGUGCAUUUCGCCGCCCAGGGCACCCUCGAUCUUCUGGUCCUCGCUCUUGCCGUCUGUGAAAUGGAUCGCGCCUGACUCCAAAUGGCAAUGUGCCUGGCUGCGCCCCGGCCCUCCAGGACUACAAAUCCCAAGAUGCUCCAGGCGACCGCGGCUCUCCCUCCCCUGCGGGACACGCCUCCCUCCAGCCCGAGUCACGUCGUCUAACCUGUUCCCCUGCGACUGCCCCGCCCCGUCCUCCGCUCCCCGCCGCCGGAGCCGGAGCCCGAGGAAAAGCCCCCUGGUGCCAGGAUCUGCCCCGGACGCAAUGGCUUAGGACUUCUAGGUAGCUAAUGGACAUGGACAGAGUUUUGAAGGAAUUGGCAUUCUGGAGCCUUAAUGGCUGGCAGGCACCCUGCUCCGGCCGGCACCAUGGACAGCGAAGCAUUCCAGAAUGCUCGGGAUCUCCUGGAUCUGAAUUUCCAGUCGCUGGCCAUGAAGCACAUGGACCUGAAACAGAUGGAGUUGGACACCGCGGCCGCCAAAGUGGACGAACUGACCAAGCAGCUAGAGUCCCUGUGGUCAGACUCGCCAGCGCCUCCUGGCCCACAGGCUGGAGUCCCCCCUAGGAUGUCCCGGUACAGCGCCAGCCCUGUCCCAGAGCAUUUUGGCAGCAGAGGGUCCCCACAGAAGACAUCCAGCGAUGGCACCGAGGCCCGUUUUGGACGCUCGGAGAGUGCCCCGUCCCUGCACCCCUACAGCCCUCUAUCCCCCAAAGGCCGGCCGUCCUCCCCGCGUACCCCCAUCUACCUGCAGCCGGAUGCCUACAGUAGCCUGGAGCGCGCGCCGUCGCCCAGACCCCGAGCCUUUGACGGGGCAGGCAGUCCCCAUGGCCGGGCACCGUCCCCACGGCCGGGGACUGGCUCGAUGCGCCAGCCGGGACCCCCAACGCCCUUCGACUACCUGGGCCGUGCGGGGUCCCCCCGGGGCAGCCCUCUAGCCGAGGGACCCCAAGCCUUCUUCCCGGAGCGCGGACCUUCUCCCCGGCCUCCCGCGGCAGCGUAUGACGCACCGGCCGCAUUCGGGAGCCCCCUGCUGGGCGCGGGUGGCAGUGCCUUCGCCCCGCCGCUUCGCGCACAAGACGACCUGACGCUGCGCCGGAGGCCCCCGAAAGCCUGGAACGAGUCUGACUUGGAUGUAGCUUAUGAGAAAAAGUCUUCACAGACAGCGAGCUAUGAGCGGCUGGAUGUCUUCACACGGCCUGCCUCGCCGGGCCUGCAGCUUUUGCCCUGGAGAGAGAGCAGCCUGGAUGGGCUGGGGGGCGGUGGCAAGGACAACAUCACCAGUGCCACAUUGCCACGCAAUUACAAGGUGUCCCCUCUGGCCACCGAGCGGCGUUCCGACGUAGGCAGCUACCGCCGCUCUGUGGGCUCGGCGGGGCCCUCAGGCACUCUGCCCCGCAGCUGGCAGCCCGUCAGCCGCAUCCCCAUGCCCCCCUCCAGCCCCCAGCCCCGCAACGCCCUGCGCCAGCGCCCCUUACCCCUCAGCAUGAUCUUCAAGCUCCAGAACGCUUUCUGGGAACAUGGAGCCAGCAGGGCUGUGCUGCCGGGGUCCCCCAUCUUCUCCCGAGCACCCCCACCUAAGCUGCCUCCCCAGCAGCCACCCCAGCCAGCCCCACAGCCCCAACCUCAGAUGCCCCCCCAGCCCCAGGCUCAGCCCCAGACUCCGGCACCUCAACAGACUUGGCCUCCCAUCAGUGAAGGCCUCCUCAGAUGCCCUGCUGAGCUGGAGCCCGAGCCGGAGCUGGAGGGGCUGCUGGCUCCCGUGCUGGAGGCUGGGGACACAGACGACGGUGCCGUCCCGCGGCCUCUUAGCCCCACCAGGCUGCAGCCGGCGCUGCCACCCGAAGCCCAGACCGUGCCUGAGCUGGAGGAGGUGGCCCGGGUACUGGCCGAGAUUCCCCGGCCCCUCAAACGCAGAGGCUCCAUGGAGCAGAGCCCUGCCGCCGCCCUGCCCCCCACCCACAAGAAGCAGUACCAACUGAUCAUCAAUAGACUCUUCCAUCGGCAUGGCGGCCCCGGGCCGGGAGGGCCCGAGCCAGAGCUGUCCACAAUCACAGAGGGAUCGGACGCCCGAGCGGGGCCCCCUGCUCCCGCCCCACCGGCUCCCAUCCCGCCCCCAGCCCCUCCCCAGAGCAGUGUUCCAGAGCAGCCCCAGAGCGUGGAAAUGCGUUCGGUACUGCGCAAAGUGGGGUCCCCGCGCAAGGCCCGGCGAGCGCGCCUCAACCCGCUGGUGCUGCUGUUGGACGCAGCGCUGACGGGCGAGCUGGACGUGGUACAGCAGGCGGUGAAGGAGAUGAAUGACCCAAGCCAGCCCAAUGAGGAGGGCAUCACCGCCCUGCACAACGCCAUCUGUGGUGCCAACUACCCCAUCGUGGACUUCCUCAUCGCCGCGGGCGCCAACGUCAACUCCCCUGACAGCCACGGCUGGACACCGUUGCAUUGCGCGGCUUCAUGCAACGACACUGCCAUCUGCACCGCGCUGGUCCAGCACGGUGCGGCCAUCUUUGCCACCACGCUCAGUGAUGGGGCCACCGCCAUUGAAAAGUGCGACCCUUACCGGGAGGGCUACACAGACUGCGCCACCUAUCUGGCAGAUGUUGAGCAAAGCAUGGGUCUGAUGCACGGCGGGCUCGUGUACGCACUCUGGGACUACAGUGCGGAGUUCGGGGAUGAGCUGUCCUUCCGGGAGGGCGACUCAGUCACUGUGCUCCGGAGGGACGGGCCGGAAGAGACCGACUGGUGGUGGGCCUCACUACACGGCCAGGAGGGCUAUGUGCCACGCAACUACUUUGGGCUCUUCCCCAGAGUGAAGUCUCAGAGGAGCAAAAUCUAGCAGGAAUGAAGGAUGAUGUCGAGGACAAACGUGCAAGCCAGCCUGCCUUCCACCCGGACCUCCCCAGUCCAGCUACUGCCGAGUUUCCCUGCGCCCUCAUCUCCAGAGGGGUGCGGCCUGCGCCAGAAGUUCCUCCAGAGGCUCAAGGAAGGGCAGCUCCAGACUUGAGAUUAGGAAGCCGCCUUAGGCAUCGGGUGAAGUGGGCCUGAGGACCUUUGUGGGCAGGAGACCUCCCCCACCGCACGCAGACACACACACAUACACAGACACACAGACAGACACACACACACACACACACACACACACACACACACACAGACUUGCCAAAUCAGACCUAGUUCAAAGAGCCUGCUAACUGCCCGCCAGCCGCUGCACUGUCUCAGCUGGCCUGGGAGGGUGGACGCACCCUUCAUUCCUCCCUGAGUCCUUCUGCCCCCAUUCCUCCCAGCAGCCCCCAUUCCUCCCAGCAGCCCCCAUUCCUCCCAGCAGCCCCCAUUCCUCCCAGCAGCCCUCAUUCCUCCCAGCAGCCCCCAUUCCUCCCAGCAGCCUUGGGUGGGGUGCAUGGCUCCUCAGCAGGAUGUCUGCCCCCCCUCCCCAACCAAGUGCCUUCACACCCGUGUGGCUUAAUGUUUGCCACGACAUGGGGAACUGUUUCCUUUAUAAAUAAAGGUAGUUUGCACAGAA